ACUACACUGACUGUCAUGGCGGCGCCCUCUCGUCUCAUAUCUAGAUUGACAUUAGUGACCGGAGGUGGAAGUGGCAUCGGUAGGGCAGUGUGUCAGAGAUUUGCCACUGAAGGUGCUUCUGUAGUUGUGGCCGACCUCAAUGAGGAAUCUGCCAAUCAGACGCUGGAACUCCUGUCACGUGACCGUAAAGGACAGGAGCACAUGGCCUUGGGGGUGGACGUGUCAUCAAAAGACAGUGUGGAGACCUUAGUGUCAAGUAUUCAGCGACGUUAUUUCCAGCCACCCUCGGUGUGCGUGAACACUGCUGGUAUCACUCAAGAUGAGUUUCUGCUCAAGAUGGAAGAAGAGGAUUUUGACAAAGUCAUUGGUGUUAAUUUGAAGGGAACUUUUCUUGUGACUCAGGCAGUUUCUAAAGCUCUGGUUUCUGCAGGCGCUCAGAAGGGAUCCAUCAUCACUCUGGGCAGUAUAGUUGGAAAGGUUGGGAAUAUUGGACAGAUAAACUAUUCAGCUUCUAAGGCAGGGGUUGAAGGUCUCACAAGGACAGCGGCCAAAGAGCUGAGCAAAUUUGGUAUUCGCUGCAACUGCAUCCUCCCAGGGUUCAUCACUACACCUAUGACAGAUAAAGUACCAGAAAAAGUGAUUAGUAAGAUCACAUCCAUUAUUCCAGUGGGUAGGAUGGGAGAGCCUGCAGAAGUAGCUGAUGCUUGUGCAUUUUUGGCCUCUGAUGACAGUCGCUAUAUAACAGGAAUCAGCAUUGAAGUUGCUGGUGGACUUUUCAUCGGCUGAACACUAUUUUGCUCUGUUGAACGCCUCUUAAAUGUUCAUCGUGGAGCCUUAACACCGGUUUAUUAAUUGUCUUGAGAAGUUUAUUUUUUAAUUCCUGUACACACAUUGUAUAAAAUGUAACCAAUGAUAUUUGAAAAUAAAUGUAUGAUAUAUUUAUAUAA